AUGGAUUCGAUAAUCUCGGAAUUUGAAGGAACCCUACUAGGGGACCCGGACCCUUUUUCGUACUUCAUGUUGAUUGCAUUUGAGGCUUCGGGUCUGAUCCGGUUCACAAUAUUAUUGAUACUAUGGCCAUUGAUCUUUAUCAUGCGUCUAGCUGGGAUGAGGGAUGUUGCGUUCAAGCUUAUGGUUUUUGUGGCUACCUUUGGAGUUCACGUGCGGGAGAUAGAGGCUGUGGCGAGGGCGGUUUUACCGAAGUUCUUUAUGGAUGAUAUGGACAUGGGUGCUUGGAGAGUGUUUAGUUCGUAUGGGAAAAAGGUGGUGGUGACAAAGAUGCCUAGGGUUAUGAUUGAGAGGUUUGCAAAAGACCAUUUAGGUGCGGACCAUGUUGUUGGGAGCGAACUUGUUGUGCGGUUCAACCGAGCAACCGGUUUUUUAAAGGAGGAUGGUGGUUCGAUCUAUGAUCGAAUCAAGGAGUUGGUUAGGGAUGAGAAACCCGAUAUGGGGUUGGGGAGGCCUGAAUUUUCUUCUACUUUCUUAUCUCUAUGCAAGGAACAAUGCCACCCGCCGUACACCGUCACCGACGACGACUACGAACUGGCCGGCCCUUCGCCGGUGAUAUUCCACGACGGCCGUCUAGUGAAGCGGCCCACUCCUUUCACAGCCGCCCUGAUCCUCCUCUGGAUCCCUUUCGGCAUAGUUUUAGCCAUAGUUCGAAUUUUGAUCGGAAUUCUAGUACCCAUGUGGAUGGUCCCUCAUCUAUCAGCCGUCUUUGGCGGAAAAGUCGUAGUUAAGGGCAACAAACCCCCGCCAGCCUCUACUACCAACAACGGGGUACUCUUUGUAUGCACUCACCGAACCCUGAUGGACCCAGUUGUCCUCUCUUCGGUCCUACAACGACGCGUACCAGCCGUUACUUAUUCCAUCAGCCGUCUCUCUGAAAUUCUAUCUCCAAUUCCAACUGUCCGAUUAACGCGUAAUCGGAAUGUUGAUGCAGAACGGAUCAAAAGAGAAUUGUCAUUUGGAGAUCUUGUGGUUUGCCCUGAAGGAACCACUUGUAGAGAACCGUUCUUGUUAAGAUUCAGUGCCUUGUUUGCGGAGCUAACUGAUAGGAUUGUGCCGGUAGCAAUGAAUUAUAGAGCGGGUUUGUUUCAUGGAACUACAGCUAGAGGAUGGAAGGCAUUGGAUCCUAUAUUCUUCUUGAUGAAUCCUCGACCGAUUUAUGAGGUAACUUUUCUUAAUUUGUUGCCAAAGGAGGCUACAUGUUCAUCAGGGAAGAGUCCACAUGAAGUGGCGAAUUAUGUGCAGAGGAUUUUAGCUGCAUCUUUGGGAUUUGAGUGUACUAAUUAUACUAGAAAAGAUAAGUAUCGUGUUUUAGCUGGAAACGAUGGGAUAGUGGUGAAUAAUACCUCGAACAGGGAGAUGAUGAAGAAAUUUAUGUCGAAUUGUUUUGGUAAAGUUGAGAGUGGUUUCAAGCUUUUCAUUCGUUGAAAAGUUAUGGGUACUUAAUAAUUGUGUUUGUUUUUGUAAAAAAAAAUGGAUAUGGUUUCUUUAAUUUGUUCCUUGGAGAUCGAGGAUUAUUUUGCCUUAAUGGUGUUUAAUAAUAUAUGUAUUGUUUUGCAAA